UUUCGUUUUAGGUUUUACUCACAAGUUAAAAGCAAAAUGCGUAGAAACCUGAGACAUUGGUCAGAGGGGAUUGAAAGGAACAGACGUUUUCACAAAGCAUGAAUCUGUUCCAAAUUAUAACGCUGCUUGCUGUGACUACUUUACUAACAAUCAACAUUGUUAAAAGUGAAGAAGAGAAGGACAUUAAAGAUGUUAUGACAAAAAGUCUCCAGCCUGGCUCCAUGAGCCAACAACAAUUGAGGGUCCCAGAUGAAAUGCGUUAUGACGAAGACGAUGAUUUCGAAGUUGAAGAAAGAGCUACACCCAGGAAACGAGAUCCCAAACCUUUGGUUGGAUCGUUAAUUGCUGGUGCUGUUACACGUAUGUUGCUUCCAAGUGUUGUGAGCUUUGCUACACGGGGAUUUACGCGAUCAAACCACCGAUCACGAUCUUCUUACCCACGUCGAAGCAGCUAUUAUCGACGACCCAGCUCCUACCGUCGUGGAAGCUCAUAUCGACGUCGCGGACUCGGACGCAGCUCUUAUCGACGACGCAGCUCCUACCGUCGUCGCGGACUCGGAAGCAGCUCUUAUCGACGUCGCAGCUCCUAUCGACGUCGCGGACUCAGCAGCAGCUCCUAUCGACGUCGCAGCUCCUAUCGACGUCGCGGACUCGGAAGCAGCUCUUAUCGACGACGCAGCUCCUACCGUCGUCGAAGCUCCUAUCGACGUCGAAGCUUCUAUGGGCAAUGAAGCCUUCGACGGCGAACAUGUUUCUACCCAAAUGAGAAAAAACAGCGUUCCAGAGUAGUUAGCUUUAUUUAUAUUUUUUUAAAUUAUUUUUGUUACAUUUUCGUUCCUAUUUUUGUUUAAAUUUUGUAAGAAAAGGCAUAAAGUUUUUUAAACAUGGAGCAACUUUUGUUAAGUUGUUCUUUUAAAAUUCGUUUUAGUACUUGUGGAAAGUUUUGCUUUUAAGUGACCGUUAAGCAUAAUGUCGAUUAAAAAACUAUUGACAGAGGAGUAAAUGUGUUUUACUGCCGAAAAAGUUAUCAUUGCCUUCUUAAUUUCUCUUAACACAUUAAAGAAGGGCUUACUUACUAUAAAUAUUAUGAUGCUCCUAAGAUACGUGAUUUGAUCAUUUGAAAUGUACGAAAUCAAUUUUGUUAAAGUUUUUUCCAACUUAGUAUUGUUAUAUUUGUUAGGUUAUAUUAGGUAUAUAUCAUAGAAGACUUUUUUUGAUAAAAAGAUAAAGUAUUAUCGUGGCAUUCCUCAUUUUUUUUAAUCUAUCACAUAUGUUUUGUGAUCAGAGUAACGUCAUAAGUAAUCCUUGAGAUCAUUAUUCAAGUCCCUCAUUUCCACCCUCCAGCUUUCUAUGAGGCGCCUAAUUUUUUGUCAGAUCCUAAAUAUUUGUGUAAGAGGCACCCAAUUCAGUUUGCUUUUAGUUUUCUUUAUUUCGAAAGUGGGUUCUUGUUUCAUUUUUAUUAAUUAGUUUUGUUUUCUUUUAAUUAAAAAAUGUAGCAAUUUUUUGUUUGUUUGGGCGCUCUUUUCAAAACACAUUGUUUGCUUGCUACGAACAAUAAGUAUUGUUGAAAUGAAAAGAAAAAGCGAAAAAGUGAAAUUGAUUUUACUUUUUCGCUAUUUCUUUUCAUUUCAACAUUUACUUUUGUUCGUAGCAAGCAAAGAACAGUUACACUUUAAUAAUCAAUUUGAAGGAAACAACUUAAGACAACGUUGAUGUAAACUCAAACACUAUAUAUUGACAAUUAUUCUUAAACGUACCAACUUUUUGCCAGUGCAAAUUCUACUACGUCAUAGAAUUAGCUUGUUUUCAUGAAUCAGUGAGCAAAGUAGCAAAAACAAUUUACUAUACGCAGACCAAAUUCAUGUGUGGGGCAAAAAAAUUAUGUAAUCUUUUCAGCAGUAACAUUUCUUAACCCUAUUUAUACGAAGAGGGGGCUGAACGAAAGAAAAGAAACUUAUUCCUUAAUAUAAAUCCUAAAAUAAUUCUCCGGAAAGUCUAAAAAUUCGUGAAUUUAAAUAUUUUUCUAUUUGUUAACUUUUCAUGGAAAAUAUUUUUGAAAUCCUAUUUUAAAAGUUUACCAUGUUGAUAAAUGUGCUCCCAGAACUAAAAUCUUUAUUUAUUUAACACAAUCUGUAACUCACCUCUCUAUUAACCAAGAGGUAAUAUUUAAAGGGUCACAACAUAGGAACAAUUUAGAAAACAAGAUUUACGUGAAAAUCAAUACAAUCGACUUAUAAUUGUUAGCUCGGAAACACUUGUUCUGAGAAAAUAAUGACGUCGUUAAAAAAUAGGCCAUUUUUAAGAAUAAUUGAUGAUUACAAUUUAAAAAAUUACAUAGUAUGAGCUUAAAUGAAGCGUAAAAAUAUAUAUUAAUUACAAAAAUUAUGUUCUGUCGAAUAACAAUAGCGGCAUAGAACGUACGUUUUUUAUUUAAAAUGGAUAUAUCAAAAUAUAUAAAAUGGAUAAAUAUUAUGAUGCUCCUAAGAUACGUGAUUUGAUCAUUUGAAAUGUACGAAAUCAAUUUUGUUAAAGUUUUUUCCAACUUAGUAUUGUUAUAUUUGUUAGGUUAUAUUAGGUAUAUAUCAUAGAAGACUUUUUUUGAUAAAAAGAUAAAGUAUUAUCGUGGCAUUCCUCAUUUUUUUUAAUCUAUCACAUAUGUUUUGUGAUCAGAGUAACGUCAUAAGUAAUCCUUGAGAUCAUUAUUCAAGUCCCUCAUUUCCACCCUCCAGCUUUCUAUGAGGCGCCUAAUUUUUUGUCAGAUCCUAAAUAUUUGUGUAAGAGGCACCCAAUUCAGUUUGCUUUUAGUUUUCUUUAUUUCGAAAGUGGGUUCUUGUUUCAUUUUUAUUAAUUAGUUUUGUUUUCUUUUAAUUAAAAAAUGUAGCAAUUUUUUGUUUGUUUGGGCGCUCUUUUCAAAACACAUUGUUUGCUUGCUACGAACAAUAAGUAUUGUUGAAAUGAAAAGAAAAAGCGAAAAAGUGAAAUUGAUUUUACUUUUUCGCUAUUUCUUUUCAUUUCAACAUUUACUUUUGUUCGUAGCAAGCAAAGAACAGUUACACUUUAAUAAUCAAUUUGAAGGAAACAACUUAAGACAACGUUGAUGUAAACUCAAACACUAUAUAUUGACAAUUAUUCUUAAACGUACCAACUUUUUGCCAGUGCAAAUUCUACUACGUCAUAGAAUUAGCUUGUUUUCAUGAAUCAGUGAGCAAAGUAGCAAAAACAAUUUACUAUACGCAGACCAAAUUCAUGUGUGGGGCAAAAAAAUUAUGUAAUCUUUUCAGCAGUAACAUUUCUUAACCCUAUUUAUACGAAGAGAGGGCUGAACGAAAGAAAAGAAACUUAUUCCUUAAUAUAAAUCCUAAAAUAAUUCUCCGGAAAGUCUAAAAAUUCGUGAAUUUAAAUAUUUUUCUAUUUGUUAACUUUUCAUGGAAAAUAUUUUUGAAAUCCUAUUUUAAAAGUUUAAAGAAACUUAUUCCUUAAUAUAAAUCCUAAAAUAAUUCUCCGGAAAGUCUAAAAAUUCGUGAAUUUAAAUAUUUUUCUAUUUGUUAACUUUUCAUGGAAAAUAUUUUUGAAAUCCUAUUUUAAAAGUUUACCAUGUUGAUAAAUGUGCUCCCAGAACUAAAAUCUUUAUUUAUUUAACACAAUCUGUAACUCACCUCUCUAUUAACCAAGAGGUAAUAUUUAAAGGGUCACAACAUAGGAACAAUUUAGAAAACAAGAUUUACGUGAAAAUCAAUACAAUCGACUUAUAAUUGUUAGCUCGGAAACACUUGUUCUGAGAAAAUAAUGACGUCGUUAAAAAAUAGGCCAUUUUUAAGAAUAAUUGAUGAUUACAAUUUAAAAAAUUACAUAGUAUGAGCUUAAAUGAAGCGUAAAAAUAUAUAUUAAUUGCAAAAAUUAUGUUCUGUCGAAUAACAAUAGCGGCAUAGAACGUACGUUUUUUAUUUAAAAUGGAUAUAUCAAAAUAUAUAAAAUGGAUAAAUAUUAUGAUGCUCCUAAGAUACGUGAUUUGAUCAUUUGAAAUGUACGAAAUCAAUUUUGUUAAAGUUUUUUCCAACUUAGUAUUGUUAUAUUUGUUAGGUUAUAUUAGGUAUAUAUCAUAGAAGACUUUUUUUGAUAAAAAGAUAAAGUAUUAUCGUGGCAUUCCUCAUUUUUUUUAAUCUAUCACAUAUGUUUUGUGAUCAGAGUAACGUCAUAAGUAAUCCUUGAGAUCAUUAUUCAAGUCCCUCAUUUCCACCCUCCAGCUUUCUAUGAGGCGCCUAAUUUUUUGUCAGAUCCUAAAUAUUUGUGUAAGAGGCACCCAAUUCAGUUUGCUUUUAGUUUUCUUUAUUUCGAAAGUGGGUUCUUGUUUCAUUUUUAUUAAUUAGUUUUGUUUUCUUUUAAUUAAAAAAUGUAGCAAUUUUUUGUUUGUUUGGGCGCUCUUUUCAAAACACAUUGUUUGCUUGCUACGAACAAUAAGUAUUGUUGAAAUGAAAAGAAAAAGCGAAAAAGUGAAAUUGAUUUUACUUUUUCGCUAUUUCUUUUCAUUUCAACAUUUACUUUUGUUCGUAGCAAGCAAAGAACAGUUACACUUUAAUAAUCAAUUUGAAGGAAACAACUUAAGACAACGUUGAUGUAAACUCAAACACUAUAUAUUGACAAUUAUUCUUAAACGUACCAACUUUUUGCCAGUGCAAAUUCUACUACGUCAUAGAAUUAGCUUGUUUUCAUGAAUCAGUGAGCAAAGUAGCAAAAACAAUUUACUAUACGCAGACCAAAUUCAUGUGUGGGGCAAAAAAAUUAUGUAAUCUUUUCAGCAGUAACAUUUCUUAACCCUAUUUAUACGAAGAGGGGGCUGAACGAAAGAAAAGAAACUUAUUCCUUAAUAUAAAUCCUAAAAUAAUUCUCCGGAAAGUCUAAAAAUUCGUGAAUUUAAAUAUUUUUCUAUUUGUUAACUUUUCAUGGAAAAUAUUUUUGAAAUCCUAUUUUAAAAGUUUACCAUGUUGAUAAAUGUGCUCCCAGAACUAAAAUCUUUAUUUAUUUAACACAAUCUGUAACUCACCUCUCUAUUAACCAAGAGGUAAUAUUUAAAGGGUCACAACAUAGGAACAAUUUAGAAAACAAGAUUUACGUGAAAAUCAAUACAAUCGACUUAUAAUUGUUAGCUCGGAAACACUUGUUCUGAGAAAAUAAUGACGUCGUUAAAAAAUAGGCCAUUUUUAAGAAUAAUUGAUGAUUACAAUUUAAAAAAUUACAUAGUAUGAGCUUAAAUGAAGCGUAAAAAUAUAUAUUAAUUGCAAAAAUUAUGUUCUGUCGAAUAACAAUAGCGGCAUAGAACGUACGUUUUUUAUUUAAAAUGGAUAUAUCAAAAUAUAUAAAAUGGAUAAAUAUUAUGAUGCUCCUAAGAUACGUGAUUUGAUCAUUUGAAAUGUACGAAAUCAAUUUUGUUAAAGUUUUUUCCAACUUAGUAUUGUUAUAUUUGUUAGGUUAUAUUAGGUAUAUAUCAUAGAAGACUUUUUUUGAUAAAAAGAUAAAGUAUUAUCGUGGCAUUCCUCAUUUUUUUUAAUCUAUCACAUAUGUUUUGUGAUCAGAGUAACGUCAUAAGUAAUCCUUGAGAUCAUUAUUCAAGUCCCUCAUUUCCACCCUCCAGCUUUCUAUGAGGCGCCUAAUUUUUUGUCAGAUCCUAAAUAUUUGUGUAAGAGGCACCCAAUUCAGUUUGCUUUUAGUUUUCUUUAUUUCGAAAGUGGGUUCUUGUUUCAUUUUUAUUAAUUAGUUUUGUUUUCUUUUAAUUAAAAAAUGUAGCAAUUUUUUGUUUGUUUGGGCGCUCUUUUCAAAACACAUUGUUUGCUUGCUACGAACAAUAAGUAUUGUUGAAAUGAAAAGAAAAAGCGAAAAAGUGAAAUUGAUUUUACUUUUUCGCUAUUUCUUUUCAUUUCAACAUUUACUUUUGUUCGUAGCAAGCAAAGAACAGUUACACUUUAAUAAUCAAUUUGAAGGAAACAACUUAAGACAACGUUGAUGUAAACUCAAACACUAUAUAUUGACAAUUAUUCUUAAACGUACCAACUUUUUGCCAGUGCAAAUUCUACUACGUCAUAGAAUUAGCUUGUUUUCAUGAAUCAGUGAGCAAAGUAGCAAAAACAAUUUACUAUACGCAGACCAAAUUCAUGUGUGGGGCAAAAAAAUUAUGUAAUCUUUUCAGCAGUAACAUUUCUUAACCCUAUUUAUACGAAGAGGGGGCUGAACGAAAGAAAAGAAACUUAUUCCUUAAUAUAAAUCCUAAAAUAAUUCUCCGGAAAGUCUAAAAAUUCGUGAAUUUAAAUAUUUUUCUAUUUGUUAACUUUUCAUGGAAAAUAUUUUUGAAAUCCUAUUUUAAAAGUUUACCAUGUUGAUAAAUGUGCUCCCAGAACUAAAAUCUUUAUUUAUUUAACACAAUCUGUAACUCACCUCUCUAUUAACCAAGAGGUAAUAUUUAAAGGGUCACAACAUAGGAACAAUUUAGAAAACAAGAUUUACGUGAAAAUCAAUACAAUCGACUUAUAAUUGUUAGCUCGGAAACACUUGUUCUGAGAAAAUAAUGACGUCGUUAAAAAAUAGGCCAUUUUUAAGAAUAAUUGAUGAUUACAAUUUAAAAAAUUACAUAGUAUGAGCUUAAAUGAAGCGUAAAAAUAUAUAUUAAUUGCAAAAAUUAUGUUCUGUCGAAUAACAAUAGCGGCAUAGAACGUACGUUUUUUAUUUAAAAUGGAUAUAUCAAAAUAUAUAAAAUGGAUAAAUAUUAUGAUGCUCCUAAGAUACGUGAUUUGAUCAUUUGAAAUGUACGAAAUCAAUUUUGUUAAAGUUUUUUCCAACUUAGUAUUGUUAUAUUUGUUAGGUUAUAUUAGGUAUAUAUCAUAGAAGACUUUUUUUGAUAAAAAGAUAAAGUAUUAUCGUGGCA